UUCUGUCGUCGGCUGCGAAAAAAGUGGACGAGGAACAAGACCACAAGGUGGAUCAGGAAGAGCAAAACCGCCUCAGCAGCUCCAGGUCGAGCCACCUUCCCGUGGACGAAGGGAUGAAACAGGGAUAUGAUGCCUAUCAUUUCUACCCCAAAAAAGAAGAACAAGAAGACCCCGCGACCCUACGUCAUCUUCCGCGCAGCGAGCCUUUGCCUGGCCUCGCCAUCCUCUCGGCAACCUGCUCACCGAAAGCCUUCCCGGUGGAGGAGCAAAGGACCGUGUGUGAAACAAACGGUGGUGGUGGGAGUGCCGGCACUACUAGCCGACGAGUGCGACGCAGACGGAGGAGGAGGAGCAGGCUCAUUGAGUCGUGGACCCUGGUAGAACGCGAGGUUGAAAAUAUCGUUGUCCAAGAACAAAACAGCACAACAGUAUCAGCUGCCGAGGCCACGCCCGAAAUCCACCGCACAUCAGGCGUGUCUACUCAAACUCCCAAAGCGGCUGGAGCUGCUGAUCGACAAGAGGG